UGUUAGAAUAUAUGCAGCAGUAAUAAGCCAGUGGUGAAUUUUUAUGUGAAACAUUAUCUUUUUCUGCUCCAGUGACUUAUAACAGUUUGUAUUCAGAAGAAAGAAUCAGAUAUUAGGCUGUCUACUUGUUUUGAUUGCAUCACUGACGAUGGGUAUCUCUUCAGAAAGGGGAACUAUUCAUCCUUACUGGCCUCGAGACCUUUUGAUUCCCUCUUAUGUGGCCAAUGACAAAUCCAUGCCAGAGAUCCUGGUUAUUUUUUUUUCUGUGUCUGGGAUCUUUGUGCUUGUGACCUGGCUGAUCACUGGGAUCCCCGGCAGGCUGGGAACAUGGAGGCGACUGGCUAUGUCCUGGUUCGGCGUUUGUGGUUUCAUUCAUUGUGUCAUCGAGGGCUGGUUCUCAGUGUAUUAUGAUGUUCUACCAGGGGACCAGAGCUUCCUGUCACAGCUAUGGAAGGAAUACUCCAAAGGAGACAGUAGAUAUGUAAUUGCUGAUAACUUUACUGUUUGCAUGGAGACCGUGACUGCAUGGUUGUGGGGGCCUUUCAGCUUUUGGGCUGUAUAUUCUUUUUUAACUUAUAAGCCCUACCGAUUUGUCCUGCAGCUCAUCAUAUCGUUAGGUCAGCUGUACGGAGCAGUGCUAUACUUCUUCACAGAGCACAGAGACGGCUACAGUCACAGUGAGCUGGGACAUCCACUCUACUUCUGGUUCUACUUUGUGUUCAUGAAUGUGUUGUGGAUUUUCAUACCAUCGGCGCUCAUUGUGGAUGCCUGGAGACAGCUGUCCGCAGCCCAGACACACACAGACAACACAAAGGGACACAAGAGUAAGAGGAACUGAGCGGCAUGGAGGAUAAUAAAGAAAAGCAAAUAACUGUCAACAUGUCAACUUUUUUCAUUGUUUUCUUACAAAAAUAUUAAAUUACAUCACUUGCCUCAUAAA